AACUGAAGGAAAGUUGCCUCCUGGUCGACCCUGUUUAGUAAUGUAAAAAAAAAAGAAGUGUUGGGGAGAAAAACGACUCUUUUAUUAUCUGUCCUUUAUUGAAUGGCAUUUGAUUUCAGUUUGGUGUAUUUAUCUGAACUCAACAGACUCGGCUUUCAACGUGAUAUUCCUUGACUGCCAUGACCUGCAAACUGAGAGGCCUGUUCAGCCUGGACGAGGACUUUGAUGAUGAGGAUGUGCUGGGGACAGACUGGAGCCCCUGCUCGGUGGCAGGGCCAUCCAAAGCGGCAGCUGCCUUGUCAUCCUGCAGCCUGCGGGCUUCUUCUGUUUCUCACAGAGACCAGGAGGAAACGUGCCAUCAGCCAACGGGAGAGAAACUGGCUGAACUGUGCAAUGGCGCGGUGUCAGGGAGCGCCAUGCACAGUGGUGCUGCACAAACUGUUGCUCAGGGGUUGAGGCAGAUGUCCUCUAACACAGCCUGCACAGCUCAGGAUGAUUUUGAUGACUGGGACGUUGACCUGGCAGACCUGGAUGAAUGUGACAGCCAAACAAGGCAACUUCCUACGGCUGCAGCAGCUGAGCCUCCGUCUUCAGUGAAAACACUGAGACCUUCUACUUAUGUCACAAUCCAAAUGCCUCCUCCUCGGAGCCUGCGGGACACUUCUAGCUACUGUAGUUCUAUUGCAGCUCCACAGAGUCUUUCUUCUGCACAUCUGCAGCCUCCGAGUACCAGUCUUACUUCAUUCCCUGCAGCUCCUCCACAGACUCCUAGCAGCUUUUCCAGGAUUCCUGCCGUUUCCCCGGCACCCAGCAGCUUUUCCAGGACUCCUGCCGUUUCCCCGGCACCCAGCAGCUUUUCCAGGAUUCCUGCCGUUUCCCCAGCACCCAGCAACUUUUCCAGGACUCCUGCCGUUUCCCUGGCACCCAGCAGCUUUUCCAGGACUCCCAGCCAUCCUCAGCAGCUACAGAAGCCGUGGAUGACUCCACAAGCCGCCUCUCAGGCUCGGAGUCUCUUUAAUACGGUCUCCCCGGGACCUCCCGCCUCUGUGAACUCCUCUGCCUUGAGUCCACAUCCUCUGCACACACCGGUCCUCACCAACCGCCUGGUCCAGCUGGUGUCUGCGUCCAGCAAGCUUCCCAGGAAGAGGCAGCGCUCCGAGGCGCACCAGCCCCAAACGAGACGCUUCCCUGGUCCUGCAGGACUGCUGCCUCAGCAGCCUCAGGGGCGGAAUCUGGACGAGAUCGUGGUUUCCGUUCCCAACACUCCUUCUCAUGGGGCUGUGGCUCGACUGCCGAGUCAGUGUUCCAGCUCACAGUCUGAGGAAGAGGAGUUCAGCGGCUGCGCCUGGGCGGCGAUGAAGGCUGAGAUGGGACUGGAUGAGAGGAAUCCGUCGUGCUUCCUGCACACCUACAGCGUCGUCAUGGUGCUCCGAAAGGCUGCUCUAAAACAGCUACCCAGAAACAAAGUGCCCAACAUGGCCGUCCUGCUGAAGAGCAUCAUCCACACGAACGCCGACGCUAAGGCUGUUUUUAAAGACCCAACAGGGGAGAUUCAGGGAACGGUGCAUCGGCGUCUCUUAGAAGAAAGAUGUGAGGAGUUAAAAGCCGGAGCUGUGCUGCUCCUCAAGCAGGUGGGUGUUUUUUCUCCAUCCCAUCGCAACCACUACCUGAAUGUGACGCCCAACAACCUGCUGCGGAUCUACUCUCCUGCUGGGGUCUGUCUGUCCACUCAGCUCCCUCCGUUUGUCUUGGAGCCAACGGUGUCGUCACCGACCCCGGCUCCAGGCGUCUCUCGGGACCCGGUGUCUCGGAUGCAGCUGGAGUUUGACGAAGAGGAUGACGAAGGGAAAAAGGACAAAGGACGCGCAGAGGGAGGCGAGGCCCCUCAAGUGCAAAGGCUCAGUCAGGGGAACACAUCGGUUAACGGCAGCAGGAAUCCAGCACAACAGGAACAAGUCUGGGACGAAGAUGACGACCUGGACGAACUGCUGGGAGAGAUACAGGAGGACGCCUACAGCUUUUGACAUCGACUUUCCUGUUUUUCUGACAUCGCAAUCCUAAAAAUCACUUUUCAAAGAACUUGAAACUAAAUAUGUAUAUUUUAUGUUUACGUUUUUUCUUUUUAGUAAGACAAUAACGCCUGUAUUUAAUUUAGUUAACAUUCCAGGAUAGACUUAUGUAUCACUGAUUUUUGACUUCACUUCAAGAAAUUUCACUACAUCAUCUUUGCUUAUAUGACAGACAGAAGAUUGUUCUGGUAAUUGUGCAGCAUUAAAGGCGUUUUGUUGCCU